GCCGGGGGAGAGGGAGCGAGGAGGCCGGAGGAGAGGCAGGGGACGGAGGAUUCCUGCCCCCCAGCCCCGAGAGCCAUCGCCCUCCCCCGGGGGAGCUGCCCGGCUCGGGAGCAGCAUGAGGCUGGGCUGGAGGGAAGGCACCUGGGGGGGAAGUUGAGCGCAGCCCUCUCCGCUCCCUUCCGCGGGUGGGGAGCGCGGCGUGGCCGGCUGGACCGGCCGGUUCCUGCCGUGCCCGCUGCUGCGUCCCCUCCCCAGCUGCAGCCGGAGGAGCAGAGCCGCACCCCGCGCUUCCUGCCCUCCCAGCGGCGAGGCCCCAGGCGGCAGAGUCCGGGGCGCUGGGAUGCGGCUUCCCCCUGCCUCGGCUGCCAGUGGGGAUUGUAGCGCCCGGCUCCGCGCGUUGCGAGAAUGGCUCGGUUCGGCGACGAUCUGCCCACCCGCUAUGGAGGCGGCGGUCCGGCCGGGGCUGGAAGAGGGGGCAGCCGGCAAGGCGGCCCCCCACCCGGCCCAAGGAUGUACAAGCAGUCGAUGGCCCAGCGAGCCCGGACCAUGGCUCUGUACAACCCCAUCCCCGUCAAGCAGAACUGCUUCACCGUCAACCGAUCCCUCUUCAUCUUCAGCGAGGAUAACGUUAUACGGAAAUACGCCAAGAGGAUCACCGAAUGGCCUCCAUUUGAAUACAUGAUUUUAGCGACAAUCAUAGCCAAUUGCAUUGUUCUGGCUUUGGAGCAGCAUCUACCAGAGGAUGACAAGACACCCAUGUCAGAGAGAUUGGAUGAUACUGAGCCGUACUUUAUUGGAAUAUUUUGUUUUGAAGCUGGUAUAAAAAUCAUCGCUCUGGGGUUUGUUUUUCACAAAGGCUCUUAUCUCCGAAACGGCUGGAACGUGAUGGAUUUUGUCGUUGUCCUCACAGGGAUUCUAGCCACCGCUGGGGCUGAUUUUGACCUACGAACCUUGCGAGCCGUUCGGGUAUUGAGACCUUUGAAGUUGGUGUCAGGAAUCCCAAGUUUGCAGGUUGUCCUCAAAUCCAUCAUGAAGGCCAUGGUGCCCUUGCUCCAGAUCGGGCUGCUUCUCUUUUUUGCUAUUGUGAUGUUCGCCAUCAUCGGGCUGGAGUUCUACAUGGGGAAGUUUCAUAAAACCUGCUUCUCGAACGAAACAGGUGAGGAGGUGGGAGAUUUUCCUUGUGGAGAGGAUCCCCCGGCCAGGCAAUGUGAGAAUGGAACCACAUGCAGGAAAUACUGGCCAGGCCCCAACUAUGGAAUCACCAACUUUGACAAUAUUCUGUUUGCUGUGCUAACUGUCUUCCAGUGCAUCACCAUGGAGGGCUGGACCGACAUCCUCUACAAUACCAAUGAUGCCGCAGGAAAUACCUGGAACUGGCUUUACUUCAUCCCUCUCAUCAUCAUUGGCUCUUUCUUCAUGCUCAACCUGGUGCUGGGCGUCUUAUCAGGCGAGUUCGCCAAAGAGCGCGAGAGGGUGGAGAACCGUCGGGCCUUCCUGAAGCUCCGUAGGCAGCAGCAGAUCGAACGGGAGCUGAACGGAUACUUGGAGUGGAUCUUCAAGGCAGAGGAGGUGAUGCUGGCAGAAGAAGACAAGAAUGCCGAAGAGAAGUCCCCUCUGGACGGGAGGGCUGCCUCCGAAGGGUCAAUUCAGCAAGGCACAGCACCGGCGGAGACUGGCGGCAGCAGCUACAACAUGUUGAAAAGAGCUACAAUAAAGAAGAGCAAAAACGACCUGAUUCAUGCUGAAGAGGGGGAGGACCAUUUCACAGACAUUUGCUCCGUUGGGUCUCCAUUUGCCCGGGCCAGUCUGAAGAGCGGAAAGAACGAGAGCUCCUCGUAUUUCCGGAGGAAAGAGAAGAUGUUCCGGUUCUUCAUCCGGCGCAUGGUGAAAGCACAAAGCUUCUACUGGAUCGUCCUGUGUGUCGUCACUCUGAACACUCUGUGCGUCGCCAUGGUGCAUUAUGACCAGCCGGAGGGGCUCACCACUGCUUUGUAUUUUGCAGAGUUUGUUUUCCUGGGUCUGUUCCUUACUGAGAUGUCCUUGAAGAUGUAUGGACUGGGGCCAAGAAAUUACUUCCACUCCUCAUUCAACUGCUUCGACUUUGGGGUGAUAGUGGGGAGCAUUUUUGAAGUGAUUUGGGCAGCAGUGAAGCCUGGUACCUCAUUUGGCAUCAGUGUAUUGAGGGCUCUUCGACUGCUGAGGAUUUUCAAAGUAACCAAAUACUGGAACUCCUUAAGGAAUCUGGUGGUCUCCUUGCUGAACUCCAUGAAAUCCAUCAUCAGUUUGCUCUUCCUGCUCUUCCUGUUCAUUGUGGUGUUUGCUCUGCUGGGAAUGCAGCUCUUUGGAGGACAAUUUAAUUUCCAAGAUGAAACACCAACCACAAACUUCGAUACAUUCCCUGCUGCCAUCCUCACUGUGUUCCAGAUACUGACUGGCGAAGACUGGAAUGCAGUGAUGUAUCAUGGGAUAGUAUCACAAGGUGGUGUCCACUCAGGAAUGUUCUCUUCCAUUUACUUCAUCGUCCUGACUUUGUUUGGUAACUACACACUCCUGAAUGUCUUCUUGGCUAUUGCUGUUGACAAUCUUGCGAAUGCACAAGAGCUAACCAAGGAUGAAGAGGAAAUGGAAGAGGCUACUAAUCAAAAGCUUGCACUCCAGAAGGCCAAGGAGGUAGCAGAAGUCAGUCCCAUGUCUGCAGCUAAUAUUUCCGUAGCAGCUUUUGUAAAGCAAACUCGAGGUACUGUAUCUCGCAGCUCGUCAGUCUCCAGCGUAAAUUCACCCAAACAGCAGAACUCCUCCAAAUCUAAGUCCGUUUGGGAACAGAGGACCAGCCAGAUCCGGAUGCACAAUUUCCGGGCCAGCUGCGAGGCUCUGUACAAUGAGCUUGAUCCAGAGGAGCGGGUGCGCUAUGCUACCACCCUCCACAUCCGGCCAGACAUGAAGACCCAUUUGGAUCGGCCUCUGGUGGUAGAGCCAAGGACCGAAGGGCGGAACAACGUCGGUAAGCUAAGCCCAGUGGACGUUCAGGAGACUGAGCAGGCCAAGGCCACCUCUGCCGACAAUGCAGAAGUGCCACGAAAGCAGCACCGGCAUCGGGAUAAAGACAAGAUGGGAGAGCAGGAGAAGAGCGACGUGGCCAAGGAUGAGAACGGGGAAUCUGGCACAAACAAUAAGGAGGAACGGCACAGGCAGCACAGGAGCCGCAGCAAAGAGGCAGAACAGGGCAGCAAGGAAGGAAAAAGCGAGCGCAACAGAAGCCAGGAAGGGGGUAAAAGGCAUCAUCGUCGAGGCUCCGUGGAAGAAGGGGCUGAGAAGGAGUAUCGGCGGCACCGGCCUCACCGGCACUCAGCAGAGCGGCAAGCUAAGGAAGGCAAUGGGACAGCCAACGGUGCCAGAAGCGAGCGGCGUUCACGUCACCGAGGAGGGUCAAGGUCAGGGAACCGGGAAAGCGAUCCCGGCUUGAAAGGAGAGAAUGGGGAAGAGCCUCACAGACGACGCAAGAUCCGGCACAGACCUCUGUCAACGUAUGAGUCGGUGGAGAAGGAGAAUGGGGAGAAGGAAGAAGAGGCUGGGGAGAAAGAUCUUAAGAACCAUCAGCCCAGGGAAACUCAGUGUGACAUAGAGGCUGUGGGUAGUGUGAGUGUCGUCCCAGUUCAUACCCUGCCCAGCACCUACCUGCAGAAAGUGCCCGAGCAGCCAGAAGAUGCUGACAACGAGAAGAAUGUGACACGGAUGACUCAGCCACCACUGGACAAAACCACCACUGUGAACAUCCCCGUCACCAUCACCGCGCCUCCAGGGGAGACCACUGUCAUACCAAUGAACAACGUUGAAUUUGAAAGUAAAACGGAAGAGAAGAAAGAUAUGGAGAUUGAUGACUUGACAAAAAAUGGGCCUAAGCCAAUCCUGCCUUAUAGCUCCAUGUUUAUCUUAAGCCCUACGAACCCAAUCCGACGCCUGUUUCAUUACAUCGUGAACAUGCGCUACUUUGAGAUGGUCAUCCUCAUCGUCAUAGCACUGAGCAGCAUUGCCCUGGCUGCCGAAGACCCUGUCCAAGCUGAGUCUCCAAGGAAUGAUGCGCUGAAGUAUCUGGAUUAUAUAUUUACGGGUGUCUUUACCUUCGAGAUGGUGAUAAAGAUGAUUGACCUGGGGCUGCUGCUUCAUCCUGGCUCCUAUUUCCGUGACCUGUGGAACAUCUUGGAUUUUAUUGUGGUCAGUGGGGCCCUGGUGGCAUUUGCCUUCUCAGGAAGCAAAGGCAAAGACAUCAACACAAUCAAGUCACUGCGAGUCCUGCGCGUCCUAAGACCACUGAAGACUAUCAAGCGUCUGCCCAAGUUAAAGGCUGUCUUUGACUGCGUGGUGAAUUCCCUGAAGAACGUCCUCAAUAUCCUAAUUGUUUACAUGCUCUUCAUGUUCAUUUUCGCUGUCAUUGCUGUGCAACUCUUCAAAGGCAAAUUCUUCUACUGCACGGAUGAGUCCAAGGAGCUAGAAAAGGACUGCAGGGGUCAGUAUCUGGAUUAUGAGAAGAGUGAGGUGGAGGCACAGCCCAGGCAGUGGAAAAAGUAUGAGUUUCACUAUGACAAUGUGCUCUGGGCUCUGUUAACGCUGUUCACUGUCUCCACAGGAGAAGGGUGGCCAACUGUAUUGAAGCAUUCGGUGGAUGCUACAUAUGAGGAGCAGGGUCCCAGCCCUGGUUAUCGAAUGGAAAUGUCCAUCUUUUACGUGGUGUACUUCGUUGUCUUCCCCUUCUUCUUUGUGAAUAUAUUUGUGGCGUUAAUCAUCAUCACCUUCCAGGAGCAAGGAGAUAAAGUGAUGUCGGAAUGCAGUCUAGAAAAAAACGAGAGGGCCUGCAUAGACUUCACCAUAAGUGCCAGGCCACUGACCCGCUACAUGCCUCAAAACAAGCAGUCUUUCCAGUACAAGAUGUGGAAGUUUGUGGUGUCCCCUCCCUUUGAAUAUUUUAUCAUGGUCAUGAUUGCACUCAAUACUAUUGUGCUGAUGAUGAAGUUCUAUGGUGCUCCAGACGCAUAUGAAGAAAUGUUGAAAUGCCUGAAUAUUGUGUUUACAUCUAUGUUUUCAAUGGAAUGCGUUCUGAAGAUCAUUGCCUUUGGUGUACUGAAUUACUUCCGAGAUGCCUGGAACGUCUUUGAUUUUGUAACAGUUUUGGGAAGUAUUACUGAUAUUUUAGUAACAGAGAUUGCGGAAACGGACAACUUCAUCAACCUCAGCUUCCUGCGGCUCUUCCGGGCAGCCAGACUUAUCAAACUGCUUCGCCAGGGUUACACCAUCCGCAUUCUGCUCUGGACAUUUGUACAGUCUUUUAAGGCCUUGCCUUAUGUGUGUCUCCUCAUUGCGAUGCUCUUCUUCAUCUAUGCCAUUAUCGGCAUGCAGGUAUUUGGAAACAUUGCACUAGAUGAUGAUACCUCAAUUAAUCGACACAACAACUUCAGAACUUUCUUGCAAGCCCUGAUGCUAUUGUUCAGGAGUGCCACCGGGGAAGCUUGGCACGAGAUCAUGCUGUCCUGCCUCAGUAACAGAGCCUGCGACAAACUCUCCGGCCUCACCAAAAACGAAUGUGGCAGUGACUUUGCCUAUUUUUACUUCGUCUCUUUCAUCUUCCUUUGUUCUUUUCUGAUGUUGAACCUGUUUGUGGCCGUAAUCAUGGACAACUUUGAGUACCUGACACGAGACUCUUCCAUCCUAGGACCCCAUCACCUGGAUGAGUUCAUUCGGGUCUGGGCUGAAUACGACCCAGCUGCCUGCGGGCGCAUCAGUUAUACUGACAUGUAUGAGAUGCUGAGACACAUGUCCCCACCUCUAGGCCUGGGAAAGAAAUGCCCUGCUCGAGUUGCCUAUAAGCGCCUGGUGCGGAUGAACAUGCCGAUCUCGGACCCGGACUUAACGGUUCAUUUCACUUCCACGCUGAUGGCCUUGAUCCGGACCGCUCUAGAUAUCAAACUCGCGUCAGCGGGUGUGAAGCAGCACCAGUGCGAUGCGGAGCUGAGGAAAGAGAUCUCUCUGGUUUGGCCCAAUCUGUCCCAGAAGACAUUGGACUUGUUGGUGCCUCCCCAUAAACCUGACGAAAUGACUGUGGGGAAGGUCUAUGCUGCUCUCAUGAUAUUCGACUUCUACAAGCAGAAUAAAAACAGCAGGGAACAAGUGCACCAGCCACCUGGAGGUCUUUGCCAGGUACUCAGCAGCAAGACGCUGUUCCCUCUUCUCACUCCCACCAAGACUGGACCAGUGUCGUUGUUCCACCCCUUGAAAGCAACCCUGGAGCAAACCCAGCCUCUGGUGUUCAACCACGCUAAAGCAUUCCUCCGCCAGAAAAGCUGCACCUCGCUCAACAAUGGAGGCACAUUGCCAGCCCCAGAGAGCGGGAUCAAGGAGUCUGUUUCGUGGGGGACUCAGCGCACUCAGGAUGUGUUUUACGAAACCAGGACACCAGCUUUUGAACGAGGCCACUCGGAAGAAAUUCCCAUUGAGCGGACAAGCAAACAGGUUGUAGAAAUGAGAGAAAUCAGCCCUACCCUGGCCAACGGAGAACAGCAGCCUGGCCUGGAGAGCCAGGGGCGGGCGGCUUCCAUGCCGCGUCUGGCCGCCGAAACUCAGAGGAGCAAAACACGAUCACCGGGGAGUUACCUGGCACCCAUCCCAGACACCAGCCCCAUGAAGCGCUCCAUCUCCACGCUGACGCCGCAGCGCCCGCAUGCCAUGCACCUGUACGAGUAUUCCCUGGAGCGCAUGCCCCCGGACCAGGCUCAUCAUCACCAUCACCAUCGCUGCCAUCGACGGAGAGACAAGAAGCAGAAGUCGUUGGACAGGUCACCCAACAUGCUGGCCGAUGGGGAUGCCGGUGAGGCAUCUUCCAAGGAUAAGAAACAAGAACGAGGCAGGUCCCAAGAGAGAAAGCUGCACUCCUCCUCUUCCUCCGAAAAACAGCGCUUCUACUCCUGCGACCGCUACGGGAGCCGGGACCGUUCUCAGCCCAAAUCAGCUGAUCACAGCAGGCCCACCUCACCCAAUGGGGGGCUGGAGCCAGGCCCCCACAGACAGGGUAGUGGUUCAGUUAAUGGGAGCCCCUUGCUGUCGACAUCUGGUGCUAGCACCCCGUGCCGCGGGCGGAGGCAGCUCCCGCAGACUCCGCUGACCCCCCGCCCCAGCAUCACUUACAAGACCGCCAACUCCUCACCCGUGCACUUCACCAGUUUCCAAGCCAGCCUGCCCGCUUUCUCCCCGGGGCGCCUGAGCCGAGGUUUGUCUGAGCAUAAUGCGUUACUGCAUGGGGACUCUCAGAGCCACUCUCGCUCCCCGGUGGCCCGCAUUGGUUCCGACCCCUACCUUGGACACCGCGACGACAGUGACAGCCCGUACCGUGUCAUGCCCGAGGACACGCUCACCUUCGAGGAGGCUGUCGCCACCAAUUCAGGAAGGUCCUCAAGGACUUCUUAUGUCUCGUCCUUGACUUCCCAGUCUCACCAAAUCCGCAGGGUUCCCAAUGGCUACCACUACACGUUGGGCCUCAGCACGGGCCCUGGGACAUGCGCCAGAACCCGUAGCUAUUACCACGAAGCCGAGGAGGACGACUGGUGCUAGCAUAAAGGCAAACCCCUUCCCGGUGUAUGCGUUUGGAAUCGAUGAGUUUUAUCAUCUGGAUGGCUGUGUGCUCAGACACACAUGGUGACCGGGGUCACGGAGGGGAAGAAACAGCCGCUGGCGAGAACUGCUCCAAACCCGAUGCCAUCUGAGACGCUCGUUCAGCCUCUGUCUUUUCUUUCUUUCUCCUUUUUUUCCCCCUUUUGCACUAGACAAAAUAAAUAAAUAAUUGAAGAUCAUUAUUGUGGAGGGAGUGCUUUCUCUCUCUCUCUCUGUCUCUCACCUGCCUACUGCCUUGUCUAAUUAAAUGACAUAUACCAGAUGCCAAAUCUGCAAUGUAUGCACAGAGCUGUGGGACGGUCUGAACUUUGACAGCAGAAAAAGGACUGUCGAUCCAUAGUUUUUGUUGGGUGGGUGGUUAUUUUUGUUUUAAUUUUCCGGUCAGAGCGGGUGUCGGGGAUGGAAAUUGACACUCUUGUACAAAAUCGAACCUGUAUUUUAUCUCAUUCAAACAUUAAGAGGAAGAGGGAAACGCACUGGGAAAGGAGAAACCCAAAUCAGAACGGGGGACAAUCCUUUGACUCAGUGUUCAACAACAGCAAUCGUUUUCAAUGGAGCCAGUAACAAACCUUCAAGCUGAUAAAGCACUGUGUCGCCCAGGACUCUCUGCUUCGACACGCUGCUCUGGGGAUUUCUUUUCUUUUCUUUGUCCACGUCGAGUCCUUCACACUGACACCCGAUAAAGCUACUUGGUAAGGACUGUUUCCUUGCUGCUGGGACUUCUGUUUCCGUCCCCCCAUCUCCUGUCAACUGCAACAUGCCCUCAAUGUUUUGUCUUGUUUACAAUAUAAGCUUGAUUUUAGCAACAAAAAAGAAGAAAAAAAAAGAAAAGGAAAAAAAAGCGGGUGGUGGAAAGGAGAAAAGGAAUUGGUUUUAUAUCAAGCUAUUAGAUAGAACUUUAACUUUUCAUUGUGUGCAUUUUUGUAAAUUGUACAGUAAAAAAAGAAAAAAAAAACUUUAUGUAGAAAAUUAGUCCAAUUGUCAUUCCAGGUCCCACUGUUUCUAUUGAAUGCUCCAGUUGUUCACUACUAAGUGCCUAGCCUUUGAAAUCUCUCACAGCGAUGAUGCUCCCUCUUGCUUCAACGCAUCAGAACUUGAGAACGUGGGGGAGGCGGGGGGGAAGGGAGAGGACGAGGCUGUAAGAUCUGUUUGGCUCAGAGAUCUACUGUGCAUACAAUGCCACGUGUAUUUGUUCUGAACAGUGUUUUCAAGUAGCCAGGUUGCAAACUUCAAAGGGGAGGGUAAAAAUCUUUUAAAAAUAAUUUUGUUGAGGAGCGGGAGGAGAAUGAUCGGGGCAAACAAAAUCGGCCUUUUCUCGGUGAAUAGAAUUUAGGAUCCUGCAGGAGAAAUGCAGGUAGAAGUACAGCAUCAGCAGCAAUGCUUUUACAGGAAAAAAAAAAAAACAAGAGAGACUUUCACAUUGCAUGUCUAGUCUUAACUUGGUUGUGAAAGCUCUGGCAACGUUUCAUGGUGCGUAGUUUGUGUCGAGGGCAGUUGGAGAGAGCCUUGCUAUUAUUGCCUGUUUGAAAAAAAAAAUCCGACUCUCAGGGAUGAGAUUUCUGUAUUUUUAUGUUGGAUCAUUUCCUUUUUGUGCGUGAGUGUGGAUUUCUGCGUUUGGAGAAGACAAUGACAAGAAGGAGAGGAAAGCGUUAAAGAAAAAGAUGGGCAGACCUUCCAUUGAUGGGCUGGAAGAACCGCUGCGUGGCCACUGUUGGACGUGCUGCGGCCAGGGGUUUGGCAUGGAGAAGAGGGAGGGAGGAGAAUGGGGGAGAAGGCAAACCCCGCAAGGCCACACAACAAAAGAGGCAGUGGUCAGAAUGUUGGCAAGGAGUAGGCCUGAGAUAGUGACCAAGCCAUGGGACACCAAGACUGUAGAAUGAGCGGGUACUUGGGAGGAGCAGCAAUCCUGAUGGGCCCAGUUUUGUUUUGUAGCUAGGUUAGCAGGGGUAUCACACGUUUCAGAAAAUGGCUCAGAAGGCAUCUACCAUUAUCGGCAAAGUCUCCGAAGGGGAGCGAGACAGGUGUUGGGUGGUCGUCCACAUCUCCUCUAACCUGUAUGUUGAGAAAAAUUGAACCUUGUUUUGUUUUAGGAGCUUUGGCCAAUCUCAUCCCUGGAUUCUGCUAAAAGAUAACCAACUCAUCUCUAUUAUAUCUCUAUAUAUCUGUGCACUUUGAGGAAAGGACGUGCUUUAGCCGAGAGGUACAUUAUGGAUAACAGAUGUAAUUUUUAAUUGUAGGGCUAUGCAACAUGAUGACACUUAAGGAAACAAAUCAAAACAAAACAAACAAAAAGACCUUCAUCCAUUCUGUAGCUUUACCUGCUGGAUUUUCCUGUUUCAGGCUUCAGCAUGAUUGUGACCAAAUGUUUUAUACAUUUUCCUUGUAUGAAGGCACAAACACUUUCUUUGAAAUUUUAAAGAAAACAUUACUAUUUUACUCCAAGAAGUAAAGGAGGAAAAAACCAGUAUGGCUGAUAGUGCAUGCAACCAUUGUACCCACAUUGGAAAGUGAAAGGAAAUGUUCUCCCUGUAUUCAUUUAUUUUGUCUUUUCCUCCACCCCUGCCUUUCCCCUUCCUGCAUCAUUUUAGAUAUUAAAAGCCACAAUCUCAUAUAAAUAAGAUGGCUGGAAUCUCACAGAAAUAGAUGGCAUUGGAUCAUUUAAAUUCUUAUAUAGUAUAGACCACAAAGAAGAACAUUGUUGACUACUUCCCACUAAUCUCUUGCGGGGGUUCUCCAAAUGACAAUGACAGAAGAGCCUGACCACAGUUGUUCAUAACCCCGUUUGCAUAUUUUUUACAGCCUGUGCGCUGUCUCUUAAACACACACAUAAUAUUUCCCAGAAUUCUCAUAGUGAGUUGCCAAACUUGAAUUGCACCAACCAGUUUUCUGCAUCCAGAACCAGUCUCGUAGUGGCUGUACUUUGAAUAAGUAAUGUUUGCAUGUAAAAUAUAUACAUAUAUAUAUAUAAAGUAUGUGCAUGGAAAAUGUUUAUCUUCGUACUUUUUUGAUACAAUGUAUUCAUCAGUUGUUAAUUUUUAAUUAUAUUUGAUAUAAAUUGGGGGUUUGUUGCAAAACUUUAUAUUUAAAAAACAGUGUUAAAAAUGAUAAAAGUUCCAACCAUGCAACACAACUGGAACUUUACAAAAAAAAAAAAAAAAAGGGUUCUGUGAUUGCCUAGUUUGCUGCCUGAGUAAUAUUUAUCAGCCAAACUUUGAAUUCUGCAGUUGUUUCUACAAUUACAUUUUGUAUGAAGCAAAGUCCUUGAAUUAAAAUAAAAACUUAGCAAAAACC